AUGUCUAGAAAAACAGGUCUCUCAGCUCUGGUUCGGCUAAGUGAUACAACCCGUAAAACCCUCGCCGGCCAAGAACUCUCGAUCAAAUCAAGGAAACCAAUCUCUCCGUUUAUAUGUAUCGAUAAUAUCGACUUUGAGGAACGCAUCCACUUCCAGUCAGUUGAAAAAACCAGCCACAUGUUCCAUGGAACAUGGGGCUAUGUUCACACACUUGAUCCAACUCUUAUCGAAGGCCACGAUCCAAAGGAUUUCUCGCUCGACAGCUACAAGCAGGCGAUCAAAGACUCUGCCAAGUUGAAGAUUACACCACCAAUGUUUAUGCCAACAUUCGAAGAGGAGAUUCACUUUCGUGCAGCCAUCAAGAGCCAAAUUGCUCAAAUCACAAUGCUCAAACUAAUGCUGGCAUCCGACAACUGCGCUGAAGGAGUCGGAAAAAUCUUCAGCGACAUUAUAGAUCAAACAUAUCUUACCCCCGAACAGUUUUUCUCAGAGCUUCAGGUGAUGGAGGGCGACCUUGGAACGAUUAUGAACCUAGAGUGCUUGCGAUCACAAAGGAAACCCAGUGGUCACAAAGAAGAAAGCCUUGGAAACAUCUUCAUGCUUUUGGGGGCCGCUCACACCUUGUGGAAUAUUGGCCAGGCUAUCUUCCUGAAACACUUUGGAAAUAAUAAAAACCAGGAUGAUCUUGGAGCAUGGAGGACUCUUCAAGCCCUUGGCCUUCCGUCGGAGAAACCAGCUGCGAAAAAAGACUUCACACUUAUGCUCACCAAUAUGCAGAAGAUCCAUGAAGCAACACUUAUUCACUGUUUACUAUUAGUCAUGGGGAUUCCUCGAAACAGCCUACCAAACGAAAAGCUUAAAUUAACAGCCAAAUCAAUCAACCAUGCCAUUGACCUAUGCUACACUCGUUUCUUCGGCUGCACGGCACUCCAAAACGCCGACAAAUCUGAUUCUCCAAAGCUUUUCAACCUCAUGACCCGCUUACGUGAUUUUGCUACUGUUAUCGAAGCCAAUCGAGCAAUGAAAGCAGGCGAUAUUGGUGGAUUAUUGAAUAUCUGGCGGAGAUGGUCUGUAAUGGCACAAGGCAUCACUGGUUUAACUCACUAUGCAAUACACCUCCCUCGAAUGAUCCUCUUAAUCACGAAAGUUCUCCCGCCUGCUCUCUGCCAUGCGAUCCAACAUUCACUCCUUGUCACACCAAGUGGACGGCCAGGUCAUUUUGUGGCCAAGGAUUUCUUGCUUGAAACAUUUAACUAUUGGCUCAAAUUUAUGUUCAACAAAAGCGGUAUUGGCACAAAGGCUAAGCGAUUGAGGGAUCUUUUUUCUUCAAAUGUGCCCUUGCUGCAACGUUUAAUUCGAUCAAUCAAGGAAGAUUCGGGUGCCUGCAAUUAUUAUCAAUCACACAAGCAUCAACUCACACUUCAGUCAAUCAAUGCAUUCCUUCGCAUGGCAAUCACCAAGUCCAUUGGAGAUAAUACGGAUUCCACAAAGACAGCAUCAAUUCCAGCUCCAGCUCUAGAAAAAGGUAAAAAGAAAACCAAAAAGAAAUUAAAAGGAAAAGAUAUUGAUAUUAUGAGACGAGGCAUGGAAGUCAUGCAAAAUGAUGCUCUCACAGGGGGAACUAUUCUAAAUCGCUUCCGACCAUCUGAAACCCUUCUCAAUCCUAGUUGGAUGUUUGACGAGGCUUCUUCACUUCCUAUUUCACCUGGCGAGCUUGACAUUUCACUGGAAGAUUACUUUGGCCCUCUGGAAAAUGAUGAUUGUUGA